CGCCCCUUCGCCCGAGGGGCGUUGACUUAACGCCCCAGCCGCUGCUGUAGGGGGGGUUUCCGUCUCUAAGCAGCCGGGCCCAUUCCGCAAACGGUUGGAGGCGUUUUGGCCCAGGCCGGCCGCCCUCCUCCCCCAGGCGCUGUCGCGUUGCCAUGGCGUUUUUCGCUCGGAGCGGGGAGGUGGCGCGGCCUGGCCGGGCCUGAGCGGCGGGGAGCCCGCGGGCCGGUAGCCCGGCCGGACGCUGACCCAGCCCGCCGGCGGCCCCGCUGGCCGAUCCCCCGCCUCCUCCCUCCUCCCCGCCGCCUUCGCCUUGCCCCGCCGCUGCUUCCCUCGACCCCGAGGUUCCGGCGGCGGCGGGAGGCGGCGGCGGGCGCUGGUUGGAGCAGGUGGCGGGGAAGAUGGCGGGGAACGGCGGCGGCUUCGCUGGCGCCGGGAGCGGGGAGAUCAUCCAGCUCAACGUGGGCGGCACUAGGUUCAGCACUUCAAGACAAACACUGAUGUGGAUUCCAGACUCCUUUUUUUCCAGUUUGCUGAGUGGAAGAAUUUCCACACUGAAGGAUGAAACUGGUGCUAUAUUUAUUGAUCGAGAUCCAGCAGCAUUUGCACCCAUUUUAAAUUUUCUUCGCACAAAGGAGUUAGAUUUACGGGGAGUGAGUAUUAAUGUUCUCAGGCAUGAAGCUGAAUUCUAUGGAAUUACUCCUUUAGUGAGAAGAUUGCUACUAUGUGAGGAAUUGGAACGCUCCUCUUGUGGCAGUGUCCUUUUUCACGGUUACCUGCCUCCUCCAGGCAUUCCUAACCGUAAAAUAAAUAAUACUGCUGGGCCACCAGCUGACGCUAGAACUGGUCAAAACAGCUCUGAGAGUGAGAUUCAUGGAGGUGGUGUCCAACCUACACUUGCUGGUACUGGGGAAGGUACAGUCAGGCUAGGCUUUCCUGUGGACCCACGGAAAGUCCUAAUAGUAGCUGGCCACCACAAUUGGAUAGUAGCUGCCUAUGCCCAUUUUGCUGUUUGCUACAGAAUUAAAGAAUCAUCUGGGUGGCAGCAGGUGUUCACGAGUCCCUACCUGGACUGGACAAUUGAGCGAGUGGCUCUCAACGCGAAGGUGGUUGGAGGACCUCAUGGAGACAAGGAUAAGAUGGUUGCAGUUGCCUCAGAGAGCAGCAUAAUUUUGUGGAGCAUUCAAGAUGGUGGUAGUGGCAGUGAAAUUGGAGUGUUCAGUCUUGGAGUCCCUGUAGACGCUCUCUUCUUCAUUGGCAACCAGUUGGUAGCUACAAGCCAUACGGGGAAAGUGGGAGUGUGGAACGCUGUGACUCAGCAUUGGCAGGUUCAGGAUGUUGUUCCUAUCACAAGCUAUGAUACUGCUGGGUCUUUUCUGCUGCUGGGCUGUAACAACGGCUCUAUCUACUAUAUAGACAUGCAGAAGUUCCCAUUGCGAAUGAAAGACAACGAUCUUCUAGUGACAGAAUUGUACCAUGAUCCCUCCAAUGAUGCUAUAACAGCACUCAGUGUCUACCUCACACCUAAAACAAGUGUAAGUGGCAAUUGGAUUGAGAUUGCAUAUGGCACCAGCUCUGGAGCCGUGAGGGUGAUUGUACAGCAUCCUGAAACAGUUGGGUCUGGGCCUCAGCUCUUUCAGACCUUCACAGUUCAUCGAAGUCCUGUUACAAAGAUCAUGCUCUCAGAGAAACACCUUGUGUCAGUUUGUGCUGAUAACAACCAUGUACGGACAUGGACUGUGACUCGGUUCCGGGGCAUGAUAUCAACUCAGCCAGGCUCAACACCGCUUGCAUCAUUCAAAAUCUUAUCCCUGGAGGAAGCAGAGAGUCAUGGCAGUUACUGUUCUGGAAAUGACAUUGGACCCUUUGGUGAACGUGAUGAUCAACAAGUGUUUAUCCAAAAAGUUGUUCCUAUCACUAACAAGCUGUUUGUAAGGCUGUCUUCAACUGGAAAAAGGAUCUGCGAGAUCCAGGCAGUGGACUGCACUACCAUCUCGUCAUUUACUGUGCGAGAAUGUGAAGGAUCCAGCAGAAUGGGCUCCCGGCCGCGCCGCUACCUCUUCACGGGGCAUUCAAAUGGCAGCAUCCAGAUGUGGGACCUGACCACAGCUAUGGACAUGGUUAAUAAGAGUGAAGACAGAGAUGUUGGCGGCCCCACAGAGGAAGAGCUGCUCAAGUUGCUUGACCAGUGUGAUUUGAGUACGUCUCGCUGUGCCACACCCAACAUUAGUCCUGCCACCUCAGUUGUUCAGCCAAACCGGCUUCGGGAAUCUAAUUCCAGCCUCCAAUUGCAGCACCACGAAACAAUCCAUGAAACAGCCACGUACGGUUCUGUGCGGCCGUACAGAGAAAGCCCCUUAUUGGCAAGAGCAAGGCGGACGGAGAGCUUUCACAGCUACCGGGACUUCCAGGCUUUUAACUUACCCAGCAAAAGCCCAACAGAAAAGGCAGCUGCUACAAAUGGGAAUUCAAGCCAGGCAGAGGCCAGGAAGGCAACAGCGGAGGGCAAUGCUGCUGAGAGGAAGGCAGUCCUGACAACAGCACUUGAAGCACGAGGCACAGGCAUGACAGAUGCAGGUGGGUGUUGCAGCACAGAGGUUCACCGUCUGCCAGAGAGUUCUCUGGAUCUCAGAAGAAGAGGACCAGAAGAGGAGAGUGAAGCCAAAGCAGAAAGCAAAAAGAAAAUGGGGUUUGAAGGAGCUGGCUUCCUGGGAAGGAAGAAAGUGCCUCUUCUGGCAUCUGUACCAGUCCUGGCCGAAGGUGGGCCUGAAGUACCUGCUGCGGCUUCUCCAUCUCCUACGAAGACAUCUGCUUCACCACGUCACCGGAAGAAUGACUCAUCCUGCCAAGACUAUGGCUUGUGAACAUGUGACUGGUGGCAAAGAUGAGGCGCGGGUGCCCUCUGGCUGGUAACAGGCAUAACACUAUGUGUUGUGGGUCGUUUCUUGAAUGGGGCUUUGCUUUAAUACCCACAAUGAAAGUUGCAAGGUUAUGAGAAAGUACCUGGCUGCUGCCAAACCUUUGAAGAGUUGUCCACAUCAAUGUGUGGCUUUAUGUAAUGCUCCAAAAUGUAGUACGGUACUUGGUCCAAAAUAUUGUUGUGCAUUCUGGUGUAAAUGUGGUCAAGCAUGUGGUAUGUUGUGAUUAUUUUUGAUUUGGGGGAAGAGAGGGUGCUAAAGGAAUGCUUGGUUGCUCAGUGAAAGAUGCCUUUCAGACACAGCCACACGCUGUGCUGCAGAGCUGCAGCUCUCUUGGCUGGAUUUUGCCUAAUUCACAGGGCUGCCUCGGUCGUCUUGUGUUACAAAUGGGAUCCUUGUUCUGUAUGCUGCUGUUUGAAAUCUGAAGUGUUUUGUGCAGGUUAAGGAGGAAGCUGUUCAAAAUAGCACACUACUUUGCCUCUUAGUCCAAAUAAAUGGCCAGAGGAGUGUUGCUUGUACUUUCUGAAAAUGUAUGGUGUAAGAUGAUGGGUUUUGCUGAUUGUGACUGAGAGUAUGCAUAAAAAUAUGCUUGGCAGAAUACACAGAAGUGGCAGUCUCUUGAGGGCUUCCUUGUCACUUUCUUCAGAAAAAGGAUGGAGACUAAUACGCGAGUAGGUUUACUGUCAUGGUAUAAUAUAAUAAUUCUCAAUUACAAGUGCCUUGACAUGGUAUUUCCUACCUGUGUUGCACUGGCUGCUUGCUGUUUGCUCCUAGUUUACUGUGGGUGGUGAACAAAUUUUAUUGCCUGUAGAUUAGUAAUACAUAAGCAAAAGGGAAGGCUGUGACAGCAAAUGUUUAAGAGGGAGUGGGUCAGGAGGUUUGCUACCUCUGAAAAGCAUGCUUGGAAUUAAGCAUUAAUUAAUGGCUUUUUUUUUUUUAACUUGAGCCGAGAGGCGGGGGAAAGAAGGAGGGAGAGAAUGCAAAGUUUAAAGCAACUCCAUAAGAAUUCCUUCACUUGCUGUUUAUUCACCUGUGCAUGAAGACAAUUUUGUGGUGGAGCUUUGUCAGGCCAGGAAAACACACAACUAUCCUGCCAUGAAGGUCCCUGUUAGCCACAUGCUGGUCUUUGGAUGGGUAAAACACUUUUCUUUACCAAACACGCUGCCCCCCCCCCCCCCCACCCCCACAACCCUCUUUGACUGUGAAAACUGGAUGAGAAACAGAGAUGAGAGCUUCUGCCUUCACAGUCUGCUACUACUGCAUGACUUGGGGAUUUUCAAACUGUUCUCUUACAUUUCUGAGAGGUCAGUGCUAGCACACAGUUUUUACUACACGUUUAAAGUGAUGGUGGAAAAAAAGGCCAACUUACCCCCACCCCAUCCCUUCCAAACAAACGGUUUUAUAUUUUAACUGAUGGCCAUGGGGUGGGGAAGCAAUAGCCAUAUCCCCUCCCCCAAAGGCCAUGCAGGCAGCUUUUGGCAAGUCACCCUCUUUGCAUUUUCGAGAGAAGGUGGUUGUGUUCUUCAGAGGUGGGUGUCAGUGAAUGUGGUGUGCUCCUUGGUGACUGUGCUGAAGCCUUUGAUGACACUCACAAGAUCUUCUUCAUCUACAUACUGUUAGGAGGGGGGAAAGAAAAAAAAAUACAUGUAAGCCAAAGUCAUACCAGACUAAAGGUGAUUCCUUUAUUUCCCUUUCCUUUCACCCCCUAAAAAGUGGUUCUGAAAUAGAUAAAUAGAUAAAAGUUUCUCUCUACAUCUUUUCCCAUUCUUACCAGCAUGAAGGAAGACACUAAUGCAUUCAAGCACCAGAAUCCAAACCAAAUAGAUUUUCAUAGUAAGCAAUUAGUUAAAAAAAAAAAAAUCAAUUACUAUAUAUAUCUGACAAAUGGUAAAUACAAGUGUUUGUUGCUGUGUGGUGGGGAACUUGGAGAGAUGGAAAGACAACACAUGUUUAUGUUUUUGUUUUGUGUAACAACUCUGUCACCUGUGGUUUAAGUAAGAUUUUUGUUCUUGAGGCCUCUAAAGGAGGGUUUAAGCUUCUUCCAGCUGUACUCAUGCUAAUGCACUGAGCCAGAGAAAGAGUUGAAAGCAGAAGAGAAAUAAACCGUUUCCAUAGCAUAAAAA